AGGCCCCCGCGCGCCAGCUGCAGCGCGGCGCUGGGAGCGCGCCUCUGCCGGGGGAAGGGAGCCCAGGCGCUGUCUUCCCCGGCCGCCCCGCAUCCCUCCCCAACCUGCCCCCGCCGCAGCCUGAGACGCACCGAGGCUUUUCUUUCUCUCCUUCCUUCCUCCCUCCUUCCUCCCUUCUUCUUCUCUCUCUGUCUCCCUUUCCCAAAAUGGAUGUAUCCUUGAGACUUCUCGUUCUGUCCUGGCUUUACCUGGAGGCGUCUGGGGACUUUGACGGAAGGUGGCCCAGGCAAAUACUUCCCGCAACGGGAUUGUGCCGCUUUGGAAGCAGAGUGGAUUGCUGUUGGGGAUGGGCUCGCCACUCCUGGGGCCAAUGCCGACCUGUAUGUCAGCCUGGAUGUAAGCAUGGCGAAUGUGUCGGACCAAACAAAUGCAAGUGUCACCCAGGAUAUGCUGGAAAAGCAUGCAACCAAGCUGAGCAUCUGUAUGCAGCCUCAUAUGACUGGCCCAGUGAACCACCCUUUUUCAGCCCUCUGGAUCAUCACGCAACAAACGUCCCAUGGAGGGAUCUCAAUGAGUGUGGAUUGAAACCAAGGCCAUGUAAACACCGGUGCAUGAAUACCUAUGGCAGCUAUAAGUGCUAUUGUCUGAAUGGCUACAUGCUAAUGCCAGAUGGAUCAUGUUCUAAUGCCCUCACAUGUUCCAUGGCGAACUGUCAGUAUGGCUGUGAUGUAGUGAAAGGGGAGGUGCGCUGCCGAUGUCCUUCUCCGGGCUUACAGCUCGCAUCCGAUGGCAGAACUUGUGUAGAUGUUGAUGAAUGUGCUACAGGAAGAGUGAUCUGCCCCAGGUUCAGAAAAUGUGUCAACACCUUUGGAAGCUAUAUUUGCAAGUGCUAUAAAGGAUUUGAUCUGAUGUAUAUUGGAGGCAAAUAUCAGUGCCAUGACAUAGAUGAAUGUUCCCUUGGUCAACAUCAGUGUGGAGAUUUCUCGCAAUGUUACAAUACUCAGGGUUCAUACAAAUGUAAAUGUAAAGAAGGGUUCAGAGGUGACGGAAUGAACUGCAUAACCAUUCCCAAGGUUGUGAUUGAUCCGUACAGUGUAUAUAAAGGCAAUACAACCUUCAUGAAAGGAAGCGGUGGCAUGACCAAUCGGAUACCUGAAGCAGGUGGUUCAAGGCAUCCCAUCAAGCCACCGCAUGGGCCAGCAGUGGCUACAGCAAAGCCUGCUCCUAAGCUAACAGUCCGACCCACACCAGGGGAAACAACGCACAAGCCCUUCAUCAGGUUUGUAACGAAGCCUGCCACAACAAAACCAGCUCUGAGGCCUUUGACAAGGCCUCCACCAGUGACAAGACCUCCACCAGUGACGGCCCAUCCAACACCACCCCCAACCCCAAUUAAGCCUUCCACAAGAGUUACAACAAAGGAGCCAGCACAUGGUCCAAGGGAAACUACCCCUCAUGAGACAUUUACAGUUGACAACAGGAUACCAGUCGAGCCUCAGAAGCCACGAGGGGAUGUGUUCAUUCCACGCCAGCCUGGAGUAAGCAAUAAUCUCUUUGAAACUUUUGAAAUUGAAAGAGGGAUCAGCGCAGAUGAGGAUGAAGCAAAUGAUGAUCCUGGUGCUCUGGUUCACAGCUGUAACUUUGAUGGUGGCCUGUGUGGGUGGAUCAAGGAGAAAGAUGAUGAUUUACACUGGGAACCAGUUAAAGACUCCUCAGGUGGGCAAUAUUUGUCCGUCUCUGAACCCAAAGGAAAAGCAGGCCGAGUGGCACGCCUGGUCCUUCCACUUGGCCAUUUAGCUCAUGCAGGGGAUCUGUGCCUGUCCUUCAGGCAUAAAGUGUCUGGGCUACAUUCUGGUUUGCUUCAGGUCUUUGUGAGAAAGACCGGUGUUCACGGACCAGCAGUUUGGGGAAGGAACGGUGGCCAUGGCUGGAGGCAAACACAGAUAAAAUUGCAAGGAUCUGGCCUCAAGAGUGUUAUUUUUAAAGGCGAGAAAGGAAAAGGAAGAACCGGGGAAAUUGCACUGGAUGAUGUAAGCUUGAGGAAAGGCCUGUGCUCUCAGCACCAUUAGUGGUACAGGCAAGCUGUCAAAAGAACAUACUGUUAUUGUCUGUGCUGAGACAGAUGGUGGAUUGCCAUCCUCUUCUCCUUUGUCUUUGUGAAAUCCCAACCUUAAAUAAAGCAAAUUUUCUGUAAGGGCAAGGUAACUUCAAAGCAACGCUGGAGAUUUCCAUUAACAAUUAUCCGAUUCAUGUUAUCUAAAUGAAAAGGGGCUCUUGAAUUAAAAUUAAGGAUGUGAAUAGCCUUUAUGAAGAAGAACAAACUUUGGCUAGACAUCAAAGGAGACAUCGGUAUACACGGAGUUGCCCUGAUGGUCUUCUAUGUCCUUUCCAUUUUGCUGAUUAUACCGUGUGCCAUGGAACUGGUUCAGCUUCAUAAACUGAAAGUAACUCAGGCCUAGCCCUGACCUACAGUUGUGUUACUGCCAUCAACUUUUAAAGAAGAGUGUUCGAUAUAUUUAUGUAUAGCAUUUAUACAUUUGUUCUAUCUCAUUAACAAGAGGCAAACAUAGCGUAGGCACUGCAUCCCUUAAUAUUGCUAGUGCUGUGUUCUGUAUAAAUAUAUUGUAUUUAUACUUGUUGUGCAUUUGCAGAAUCUAGUUGCAAGAUAAAAUGGCAGCUGUGUACUUUCAGGUUAGAUUAGCAUACAGAAAUCCCCAGAGAUAGUCACUUGUUUUCAGUUUGUCACUUGUGAAUAGCUAAUCACUGUCAUUUUGUGUCUUAAGCUCGAAAACACUGUUAUACAGCUCCAAAAAGGCUGAUUCAGCUUCACAUAUAACUGAACAUUGGGCUGGCAUCAAGUGGGCAAGCUUAGGCACCUUCCCAGGGUCCACACCCUCGUAGAGGCUCACUAGCGAGAGCCUCUGAAGCUGCUCUUCUAUUCCCCAAUUGCAGACUUGUUUGUUUGCUCGCCUGUCAUUCUGGUACAGACAGCAAGUGGUGGUGAGGAUGAGGAGUGGCAGAGGUCGCAUCCUGCUUCCUUGCUGCAAAGCAUGCAAGUGGCAGCAGUAAUGGGAAAAAGGCUGAGGGGCCAUAGCUGGUGAUGGUGAUGGGGCAAGGAUAGACUUACUAAGAAAAGGGGCCCACUGAGUUCUUGCCCAAGUGCCCUCAAAGCCUGAAUCUGGUGCCAAGUAGACAUAAUGCCAGGCUGUCUGGUGUGAUAGAACCAUGUUAAGUUCUUAGAUCAGCACCCUUCUGUUUGAAGGAUAGGUGUCUAGACUGGGUGCUAAUGUUGAAACCUGGGCUUGAAAGGUGCUUUCAUGAUACUAAUCAUCAGGAGAACUCUGGCAGGGAUACUUUCUGUCAUGCCAAGAAGCUAUUAAAGGUUAAAAGAACUUUCUUUGGAGCAGGCAAUGGCCAUCCCACACAAAUGAUUGCAGCAGACAGAGUGACACUCAGCUAUUGAUUAGUCUGCUAUGCAUCACCAUAUUGUUUUCUGUACCAUCUCUCCUGUGUCAUCAUCAUUCUUGUAGAGCCAGAGCUGAGACAAGCGGUUAGUUCUUGCUGAACGUGGUAGAAAAUUAGAGAUUGGCUCAAUGUCAUUCUCAUCUUUAAAGUGGAAAGGGUAUGCAGCUAAAUCUCUCCAAUGGCAUAUUUAUUUCUAAAAUUAAUCUAUAUUAUAUUUUCCUCUUCCAUGGUCAUCCCAGGAAGGUGUACAGGAAAAAUAGGAAAAAAGGAAAAAUAAAAAAAUUUAAUAGGAAAAAUAAAAAUACAGUAGUGAAUGAAUGAAACACAAUGCAGUUUCAAUCCAAUGGCAUGGUAUAAUGCUCCAAUCCGAGAGAUAUUAAAAUGGAUUAGAAAAGUUGAAAAGUGUCACUCAAAAGCUUAGAAAAUAAAUGUUAUCACCAGUCACUGAAAUGGCAACUCCAUUGGUGGGAACUGAGUAGCCCUGGACCACCUAUUCCAUUUGCAUGGCACCACCAGCAGAACGUCCAUGGGGCUGGUUGACACCCAUCUAGCUUCAGGUGGCAGUACCUGGAGAAGAGCGCCAGGUGUAAGUUUCAAUGGGUGGGCAGACGGACGCAAGAGCGGACAGGCCCAUACAUUUCAGCCCAGGUGCACAAAGCAACUUCCUAGUUUGAUUCUGAAGAGUUCUACAUGCCCAAGGAUUCCCCUGCAUUCAAAGAACACUCAAGAAGUUCAGCCAUUUGUACAGCCAAGGCAAGUGACAUUCCCACAGCUACACAGGUCAGAGUUCAUGCUAUCAGGAAGUUCAUAGAGAUCAUGCUGAUGCCAGUUUAUGCCACGACGCAACAUAUUUCUUUGGAAUAUGGUAGCUUCUUUUGUGCUUCUCAGACACAUUGGUGGGUUUGCCCAUCACAGCAAGUAACGCUGGCCUCUUCCCACAGCAGGUGGACUUUUGCUUCAACCUACCCAGUCAGAUGGUCACCUGUUUCCGAUCACAAUGCAAUAACUGUACUUCUCACUUUGUCCUCCCAUUGUUGCUACUCAGCCCAGCAAUCCUCACAAGCAGAAUCCCCUUCUGCACUGCUCAUUCUCCGUGGACUUCAGCUGCCCCUUCCUGGUUGGUCCACUGAGGUCUUGAGGCAGGUUCUCCCUCUUCUCCCUCCCAAGUGCACCUGUAUCUCUACAAUGUUUCCCAGUCAUCCCCCAGGGAUGGUUAUUUAUAUCAUUAUUAUUGAAUUGAACAUGAAUAUACACUUUUGCCAUGAUUGCCUCCCUUCUCCCCGUUUCAGAGAGGUAAACAGGGUGAUGGGCACAUUCCUCAGUCAAUAGGAACAAAAGGAACAAUGGUAAGUGGGUACCAGAGCCUGGAUGCUUAGAGCACUACCUUUUGUUGCUGUUUCCUCACUAUCGAGGGUCCAAUGGCGCUCCCAUGUCUAGGCGUCAUGUGAAGCUGCAAACCUUAGAACAAACCACCAAAUCUUUCCAUGGUUUCAGGAAGCCAAACCUACUGCACUGAAAUGCCGUGUUCUUUGGAUGCCAAUGACACAACAGACCAACAACCAUACAGGCUUGCCAUGGCUUUUUGUAAUGUACACACCUGCCCAUUGCAUAAAGUAGAGGUAGUAUUUUUGUUAGAUUUGGACAGGAAUCGUGUUCAUUGAGUCACAGUGUUCUAUAGUUACUGAUCAAACCUGUGAUCUUAAAUGUAUUACAAAGCAGUUUGGGAGAGUGCAAAUCUCAUUGUGGCAACAGAUGCUUACGCAAACAAAGGCUUAUGCGCAUCCCAUGCGGAGUGUGAAGAAUGGCAGUAGCAAUCAUCGCUGCCAAUGCACUUUACAUCAUACAUUUUGUCUCAAUUGAUGCUUUUGGCUAUCUAGAAUUGCAGCUAGUGAGGAGUAGAGAAGGAAUUGGCAUGGAUGCAUCUCCAAGGCCCCAGCCUCCUUCCCUUCUCCUUCUCCCUCUCAGGCUCUGAGGCCCAGUUGUGGCCUUAGGGGGCAGCUGGUGCAAUUCCUUCUGUGCGAGCUGUGAGGGGACAGGUCAAGGGCUUGGCCUUUGGCGUCAAAUGACAGAGGUCAGAAGACCUUAGAGCUUAGACUCCAAAACAUCCUAUGGUCUUCCAGACAGCACUGGGAAUUUCUAUUGCAGUCACUUGCAAAGUCACGAUAUUAGUGGCUAAAACAGAAACAAGAGAAUUUGGAUAUAAAAUUGGGGGAACAUUCAUCAUGACCAAUUCCCACCAAAAUAUUUUUAUUGCAGCCACUUGCAAAGCUGAUUGGGAGAGCUAUUUUCUGUAACAGGUAAAUGCAACUGUGUGUGUUGUUCAUUACACUAUACUAGGCAGAACUAUAUAUUGUCCUUGCAUCCUCAGAACAACAAAAAUGGGGUGUGCCGAAGGGAGCACAUCUAGGCUAGCUGUUUGCAUCUGAUCUGUGUGUGCUGAAAGCUGAGUGGAUGGGCUGGGGCUUUCAGAAGGUAUUUGAAAUCCAAGAUCAAAUAAUGGCAUUCAGAAGUAUGUAUGCAAUAAUUUAUCUUUUCUGUCUUCCUUUACUCUCAGACCUUUUAUCAAUACAAAGAGUUCUUAUUAUAUACCUUAUCUUCUUGGUGCCAGCAAACCUAAAUUGCACUAAGUUCAAAUGGAACACAUUAUCAGAAGUAUUGCAGGAGUUGUUACUGGCUAAUGAUUUAAUAUGGUUUUACAGAAAUGUGUAACUUACCCCAAAAUUAUUCAGAAUAAAGAUAUCUUUGUAAAUUUACA